AUGUCGUCUAGUUCCAUGCUUCACCCGGAAGUUCUUUGGGCACAAAGAACUGAUGAAAUAUACUUUACAAUAAACCUCACUGAUAUCAAAGACCCCGAACUCGAAGUAACUAAAGAUAAAAUAUCCUUUAAAGGCAAAGGAGGGGCCGAACAAAAAUUGUAUGGCUUUGAGUUGGAUCUUUACAAUGAAAUUAAUCCAGAGUCAUCAAAAAGAUCCCAAACUGGGCGUCAUAUAUUUCUUGUUCUUGACAAGGCGGAACAUGGUCAAUCAUACUGGCCACGUCUUACAAGGGAGAAGAUCAGAUUGGCUUUCUUGAAAACGGACUUCGCAAAGUGGAAAGAUGAAGAUGAAGAAGAGAGUGGUGAUCCGGCACAAGACGCUUUAGGUGGAAUGGACUUUUCCAGUUUAAUGUCUGAUAUGGAUUCUGACGAUACUGACGAAGAAAUUCCCAAUUUGGAAACUGUCACUGAUCAAACAAAGGUUAAUGUUACAGAACCAAUGGCUGUCGAGGAACAAAAGCCGAAAGAGGCUCAGGAGAGUGAUAAGACCGAAAAAGAGGCUGAAAAAGAAGAGAAAACUGAAACUAAAGAGCAAUAA